UGGCUGCGCAGGGAGGAGAAGUAGCCAAGUUUUUACAGACGCAGAAUGGAGUCCCCUCGUCCAGUCCAGUCAGUAGUGGGAUGGAUCCUUACCAUGCCUGCAGCAUUCUCCAGCAGCUCAAGGCCAUGUACGAUGAAGGCCAGCUCACCGAUAUCGUCGUAGAAGUGGAUCAUGGGAAACAUUUUUCUUGCCACCGGAACGUCCUUGCAGCAAUCAGUCCAUACUUCAGAUCUAUGUUCACUAGCGGCCUUACAGAGAGCACACAGAAGGAGGUCCGGUUAGUGGGAAUUGAAGCGGAUUCCAUGCAGCUUGUACUGAACUAUGCAUACACCUCCAGAGUCCAGCUGACCGAGGCCAACGUCCAGGCUCUGUUCACUGCAGCUAGCAUCUUCCAGAUCCCUUCCCUCCAGGACCAGUGCGCUCAAUACAUGAUCAGCCGCUUGGACCCACAGAACUGUAUAGGCGUAUUUAUUUUUGCCGAUCACUACAGUCACCAAGAACUUAAGGACAAGUCUCAAGAGUACAUUCGUAAGAAGUUUCUGUACGUCGCCAAAGAGCAGGAGUUUCUGCACCUGAGGAAAGACCAGCUCAUUGGUAUCCUGAACAGUGACGACCUGGAUGUGGAUAAGGAAGAACACGUGUACGACAGCAUUAUCAGUUGGUUUGAACACGACCAAGCCGAAAGAGAAAUGCAUCUUCCAGAGAUAUUUGCCAAAUGUAUCCGUAUGCCUCUUAUGGAAGAACAAUUUUUGGAAAAAAUCCCUCCUAUGUUUGCACGGGCAAUGCCUAAAAACCAUAUACAAAAGGGAAAGAUAAGUGCCAAUUACUGUAAUCGGCGUCUCGGCAUGACCGCUUCGGAAAUGAUCAUCUGCUUCGAAGCUGCCAGCAAACACUCAGGGAAGAAGCAAACUGUGCCUUGUCUGGACACGCUCACAGGAAAAUUCUAUAAACUAUGCAAACCCCCCGGAGACUUGCGAGAAAUCGGGAUCCUUGUGACGCCAGAUAACGAACUUUACAUUGCGGGGGGCUACAAACCCAGUAACAAUGACGUCUGCAUAGACCACAAAGCUGAAAGCGAUUUCUGGUUAUAUGACCAUUCAAAUAAUAGGUGGCUGGCGAAGGCGCCGCUGCUCCGAGCGCGUAUAGGUUGCAAACUGGUUCACUGCUGUGGUAAGCAGUACGCAAUAGGGGGACGCGUUUAUGAGGGGGACGGCCGCAAUCCUCUAAAGUCCGUGGAAUGCUAUGAUGUUAGAGACAACUGUUGGACGGCUGUGAGCUUAAUGCCUGUUGCGAUGGAGUUUCAUAGUGCUGUGGAAUAUAAGGACAAGAUGUACAUCUUACAGGGAGACGUGUUCUUGUGCUAUGAUCCUCCAAAAGACUACUGGUGUUACCUGACCCCCAUGACCGUUCCAAGAGUCCAGGGGAUGGCGGCCGUAUACAAAGAUUCCAUCUACUAUGUAGCUGGCAUCCGAGGCAACCAUCGCGUGCUUACCGUGGAGGCUUAUGACAUUGAGCAGAAUCGUUGGACUCGAAAGAAAGAUCUUCCUUGUGAACAGUCUUCAAACCCGUACAUCAAACUUGUGGUCCUGAAGGGUAAACUCCACCUUUUUGUCCGCGCCACCCAAGUCACCGUGGAGGAGUUUGUGUUCCGAACCAGUCGAAAGAAUUCCCUCUAUCAAUACGACGAAGUGUCCGACAGUUGGAAAAAAGUGUACGAGACUCCGGAGAGGCUGUGGGACCUGGGCCGUCACUUCGAAUGUGCAGUUGCUAAACUCUAUCCCCAGUGUCUUCAGAAAGUUUUGUAGACUUCAGGUCGCUUUUACCGGCUGCCGAUGGGAAGAAAGACCAUUCAAAAAAAAAAAAAGAAACAAAAACUUCUGUGUCAGUAUUUAAUGUCUGUGGACAGCUUCCUGUACUUGUGGAUGGGUGCUUUCAAGGUUGCAGUUUGAGUUGCUGUAGGAUUGCAGCUAGUUUUUAAGGUUUUUUGUUGGGUUUUUUUCACCACUGUAUUUCAGUGAAUCUUGAGUUUACAAAGUGCAAUUAUCAGCAUUGUUUUCAUGGUGUACGUGUGAUCAUGUCAUUCUGUCGUCGUAUUUUGUAGGUAGGAAUUGUUUAAAGUAACUUAUUGAUUGCUUUAGAGGAACCAAGAUAUCUAUGCACUAGAGCACGGGCAAACCUACCAGUCAACAAAAGGUGGUAGAGGAUGCGGACACUGGAGGUUGGAUGCCCUUUUUUGAUGCCUGAGCAUUUUAUGGGGCAGUUCCACUUGAUUUUAUCCUAAUGUUUUUUGUUAAUUUUUUUUCCUAUUUAAAAAAACAAAAACAAAAAAAACUUCUAGAAUACACUAAUUUUUCAUUUUUUAUUUUUUUUCAACUGGUCAAAUGUCUGGUGUCUAACGUUUUUUGACCCUUUGAAAUAGUGGAAACUUUUUCUGCUGCCCCAUUGCAAGUUGGUGUGUAGGUUUGCUAUGGAACAAACACGGUAAGAAUGGUGUUCUGCAUUAUAUUUAAUACAAACUUUUUUUUUUUUUUUGCUAUAUGAUGCAGAGGAUGUUAUACAUGUUGGAGUGCCUUCAUCGCUACACCGCGGCACUAUGUCAAAGUGGUACUGCAUCUUUUAAAGUUUGAAGACUUAAUACGGGUAAUAUCUGAGGCAAUAUCACUAGGCUUUGUGUCUUUUUCUCCCCUCUUAACACCCUUCUGAUUUAUUUAGAACGCUUCAAAAACACACAAAAAAAAAAUACUAACGAUCAAACCUUCUUGGCUUUACCGUUUUCAUUCCUGGACAGCUUCCAGAGUACUGCAAUCCUCUCCGUCAUCCUUGAGGCUGCAAUACAUGCGCUAUAUACUUUUGAUGCUUGUCGUUUUCAACUGUUUUAAUGCUUCUUUCAAUAUUGGGUUUACUUUGUAUAGUUUACUAUAUAUGUUUUGUUUUUUUCCAGUGUUUGGAUAAAGCACGUUUAUAGCAGGUUUUAAUUUGUUCACAUGCUUUAAUUUUUGUAUUUAAAUGGUGCUAUCUUUAUAAAAGGAAACAUAGAAGACCAAAUCUGGAAUAAUAGAUUUUUAUCUAAUGAGUACUGUAAGUAGAAUG